ACAAUAGCAGGUGAGCUUACUCCUCAUGGCGAGGUUCGUCAGAUGUAAGUCUUGUUAUGACUUGUAGACAGUUUGGAUACUGGUCAUUUCGGUCCAAACUUUAUCCUCCCAACGUCAUGAAUAGACCUCAGCCAAUGCCACCAGCAGACGACCGUAGCCAGCCAAUGACCACCUAAGGGCGUGAACAGUGUAAGCGCAUCGCAAACUUGAUCAGAUGUUCUGCGGCCUCCCAGUAUUAUAGAACACAAGGCAAAACCGACAUAGAUUUCUCUCAAAAUGAGGCGUUCCGUCCCAACCUCAAUGAAGAUGUUCCUGUGUGUGGUCGUCACCAUCUUCAUCUGUCGUUACUUCUACAUCAGCAACUCUCCUAACAAACCAUUCCACAAGGUUACAUUUCCCACUGGGCAUGAAUCUGUCCAAACAGUUAACCCUUUACCUGCCAGUAUCGCUAGGUUAGCCUUCAAGGAAUACCACCCUUCGGGCGACCAGCGUAGGGACAAAAGUAAACUAAUUUUUGCGUACUCCCCCGACGUCACCUACGCCUACCGCUCUGAGCACAUUUAUCCCCUGAAUUGCGAGGAUGUUCGCUGCGCUGUCACGACGAGAGGAAAUUAUUUUCGAGACAGCCACGCGGUAAUAUUUUCCGGCCAAUUUCUUGAGAAAAACAAAAUUCCCCAAAUGGAAAGAAAUGGUAAAGUGUUUAUAUUAUUUGAACACCGACCCCUUGUUCCUGAAAUUGCCAGAAAGCUCAAAUCAACUUUAAGGGACAAAUCAGUGUUCAACUGGACUAUUGGUUACUCGCGCGAUGCUGAUAUUGGAAUAUCUUAUGGAACUAUUGUCAAGAAAAAAGCGGUUCCUUUCUAUAACCUAACAACCGUUGUUUCGAGGAAGGAGAGGACUGUUGUCAUAUUUCAACAGAGUUGCAAGACUCCGAGCCGAUUGGAGGAUUAUCUGAAACAACUUCGAAAAUAUGUGAAGGUCGAUAUAUACGGACCUUGUGUAAACCGGACCCUGUGUGAUCGGGACCUAGACUGUUUUGUCAAGGUCGGCCGAGAAUACAAAUUCUAUCUAGCGUUUGAGGAUGUGUUCUGCUCUGAAUAUAUAAGUGAUGUGUUCUUCCGCUUUUACGGGACCGCCGCUGUGCCUAUAGUCCGUGGAGGGGGAGAUUACUCCAGUGUUGUCCCUAAAGGAACCUAUAUCAACACAGCAGAUUUUAAGUCCAUCGCUGAGUUAGGAAAAUAUAUUCAAUACUUGGAUAAGAACGACACAGCUUAUAUAGAAAUCUUGAAGAGGAAGCGAUACCAUGCUUCAGUGUAUUCGCGCCACCAGGUUGUCCAAUGGAUAGAUAAAACGAUUAUUCGAAAUAUUUUUAUGGAUAUGAACAAUAUGAUGUGUGACAUUUGUCGGAGACUGUGGAACGUGGACGACUACAGGAAAACCUACAGCGACAUCCUCACCUGGUACGGAAAGUCCAAGUGUACGAAGCCAGCGGACCUGGAUUCACGGAAACCAGCUUCUACACGCGCUUCUAACUCUACAGCCGUGAAACAUUAACUCACUACUCAGUAAUUAACAUUCGGGAUACUUUUGGUGAUGCUUGCAGUAUAUACUUAAUGUACUGGAUUCAUUGAAACCUCAUUUAUCCGGACAAUACGGGUAAUAAAGGCACGUGUUGCUCUUCUAACACACACACCCCUAUUUUAUGUAUUAUUUUUACCCCCCUCCUCCCCCCUUGUUCAUCAUCACCGACGGCUUGUGCAAUCCAUGAUACAAAAUCCGCAAGAGAAUAGAAAAUAGCGUAUUUCUGAUAUGUUUUCCCAAUUUCAUCCAAUUUUCUUAGCAUAAUAUAACAUUGAUGGGGAUAUCUGUACUCAUUCUUAAUAAUCUAAUCCAAUAUUUAACAACUCUCAUCUGUAUAGAUAUAUACUGACAAUGACGUCCUGUCUCACCAAGGUUAACUUUGUUGGCAGCAAACUUUCCAACUCCCAGAAAUCGCUUCAAGAGGGCUGCGUGGACUUUUUCAAUACUGCCUUGAUAUUUCAUUCCCCCAUAUUUCAGAUGCAUAUAAAAAUACUGGUGGAACUUUAGAGUCAAAAUACAUUGUAUUUUGCACGCACAGGAAAAUGAUAACUGUUUUGUUGAAAUAAAAUAUAGAUUGGAAUAAUGGCCUUUCUAGCUUGGCUCGGCCUUACGACAAGCAUUAGUAAGUCGGUGUGUGUAAGAAGCUGAAAAACUAACUAUUUAAAAUCAACUGGGUGUAGAAAAAUACUUGUUUUGUUUGGGUAAAUCUGGGAUUCGACUUGCAACAAUUUGUGCAAGUGUUUUGUGGGAAUGUGUAUUCAUGUGUUUUGUGGGAAUGUGUAUUCAUGCAUGUGCUUUGGAUUAUGAAAUAAAUGAGAACACAAAUACAGAGAUGCAACUAGGAACUUACCCGCUAGCCCGAGCUAGUUUGUCUAGUGUGUGUAGUGUUAUUGGUAUCCUGACUACCCUCAGGUCUUGUUGUAAUUUAGGGUGUCUUUAUAUGUCAUCAAUAUUGGGGCUAGGACAUGUUUCGGGUUCAGUUGCAUCCCUGCCAAUGUGAACUUUAAUAUAUUCA